UGAAAAUAGGGAGGGUUUAAUGAGAACCUUAAUAGGAACUAUGUAUUUCUGAAGAGGUUUCAAAAGGGAAUAAAAGGAGUAUCAAACGCUAAAUCAACUGCUGUUUUGAAGAACACAUUGGCGCUCAUACUUAAGCAUGGACCAGAAUAUGGAAGAAAACAGUACAACAAUAUAUGAUAAUUAUAGUAAUAAUUAUUAUGACAUUUCUGAUGAAUCGUGCAACAAGACUGAAGUCAUUCACUUUGGAGCAGUGGUCACCCCAGUCUUUUUUACGAUGGUCAUCGUGUUCAGCUGUGUGGGCAAUGCCUUGGUCCUGUGGGUGCUGAUAAAAUAUGAGAAUCUGAGAUCCAUGACCAAUGCGUUCCUCUUAAACCUGGCCAUCUCUGACCUGAUCUUUACUCUCGGCCUGCCCUUUUGGGGCUUAGACCUCGUAUUUGGCUGGACGUUUGGAGAAUCAGCCUGCAAAUCAGUGAGCUUCAUCUUCUACCUGGGCUUCUACAGCAGCCUCAUCUUCCUCACAGUCAUGACGGUGCAUCGCUACAUGGCUGUGGUGCACCCGCUGUCUAUGCUCUUGAACAGCACCACAUACUAUUCCAUUGGGAUUUCUGCAUUUAUCUGGUUCCUGAGCUUCUGUGCCGCCACCCCUUAUUUCAUCUUUAGCGUGGUCAGCAGUCAUCCUGAUUCUGAGUCUUUUCAUUUCUGUCAUUUUAACGACAUCAAAUGGAAGCUGAUUGGCAUUUACCUGCAAAACAUCUUCUUCCUCAUUGCCUUCCUCACCAUCGCUUUCUGCUACAUUGAAAUUCUCAAACGCCUUCUCAGACCCAUGUCGCACACCCGGCCCAAGACCGUCAAGCUGAUUCUCUGCAUUGUGGUGGCUUUUUACUUGGGUUGGACGCCAUAUAACGUGGCCAUCUUCCUCGAUUCUCUGAUAUCAUUUCAAAUCUCGCCAUUUAAUGAGUGUCAUGUCAGCACCACUGUGGAUUAUGUCUUUAACGUCUCCCGACUGGUGGCGUUCUCUCACUGCUGCCUAAAUCCAGUGUUUUACGUCUUUAUGGGGGUUAAGUUCAGAGAUCACCUAAAGAAAGCACUGAGGAGUUUCUGCAGGGGCAACGAUCAACCUACUGACAAACGACACAGCCAUCUGAUUACCUCAAACGGAGAGGAAAUUUCCAUGUACUAGCUGAUCUUGCAGGAGGUCUAUGAUAGUAGGAAAGCAGUCAAAUGUAUUAUCAAAUAUUUGGGAUUUGUAAAUAGCUUUAUGAUUCCAUAUUCUGUAUUGGUUCUAUUUAGACAGAAUGUUGUAACAUUACAUACCAUCAAAAAAAAAAAAAAAAAAAUAAUAAUAAUAUAUAUAUAUAAAUUGUACAGCGCCAAUAAUUUUUACUUAUUCUGUUGUUACUUAAUGCCAGUUUCUUAUGUACUCUAUACUUUAUAUCAGCUUUACUGUGGGAUAUUACACUGUGACAGAGCUGACUUUUUUUUUACCUGGCUUCUGUUUAAAUUAUUUUUUUUCUUUUUUGAGAAAAAUGUGGCUGAUCAAGUCUUUUGUGUUUUUUAUCUCUAAAAACAGAGCUAAAAUCAGUAAUAAAUUCUGCAAAUUAUUUUAAAGCUGUGUAAAUGUUUGCGAUACGAAAUAAAUUUUUAUAAAAUAUCAUGUUUACAUCUUUUUUUUGGCCUUUG